AUGAAUAAUAAUAAUAGUAGUUAUAACAAUAAUUAUAAUAAUUAUAAUAAUAAUUAUAAUAGAUCAGGAUAUGAACAUGGUGGAAGUUAUCAAUAUAACAAUGGAUAUCCAAAUUCAGGAGUAGGAAAUUCAAAUGGAUACCAACAAGAUAGAAGUGGAGGUGGAAGUAACGAUAUAUAUAAAUGUAUAGAGUAUCAAGACUUAACAAAAGCAAUCCAACAAAUUAAUAAUUCAAUAUCGAACCUUUCAUACCUUGUUCAACAAAUCGGUACCCAAAGAGAUAAUCAAGAAACAAGACAAAAAAUUCGAUCAUGUGUAUCUACGACAACACAAUUAAUAUCAAAAGAAUCACCAAAAGCAAAAACAUUGAAUUCUCUUGCAAUUAAAUCACAAGAUCAAAGAACAAAACUAGCAUACCAAAAAUUGGUUAAAGAGUUUAACAAUGGAUUAAAACAAUUUAAAGAACUAGCUCAAGUAGUAACAAAGAAAGAGAGAGAGACACCAAUUCCAUUUUCAACUACGCAACAUCAACAGCAAAGUAGCAAUGUUAUUUCACCACAUCAACAACAACAACAAUAUAGAGGUAAUCAACAACAGAUCCCAUACUAUGAAGAAGCUGACAAGUUGGAAGAAACCCAGAGUUUGAUGGAAGCAACUAGAAGACAACAAUUGGCACAGAUCGAAUCGGAACGUGAAUAUCAAUACUCGAUCAUUCAGGAGCGAGAGCAAGGCAUUCGAGAGAUCGAGAAGUCAAUCCAGGAGAUCGGUGAAAUCUUUGCCGAUCUUCAUACUAUGGUGAUAAACGAUGGCUAUCUAUUGAAUAACAUAGAAUCAAACAUCUACGCUGCAUCGGAGAACACUCAUGAAGGUGUAAUGCAGAUAAAGAAGGCCUCUCAAUAUCAGAGAUCCGCCAGAACCAAACUAUGUUGGCUUGCACUCAUUCUCUUUAUAGUAGCUGGUGUACUUGCUCUUAUUCUAUACUUAUCUCUUAGAAAAUGA